AUGGGACCUUGUCAACAGGGCGAGUGUCCCACAGAGCCCCUGCCGCCUGCUCUGUCUCUCGUCCUCUGCGCCAUUCCCACCUUGUCCCUGACAGUCCUCGAGGUGCCCCACGUCCAAAUCACUGAUGCUCAGGGCACAGAAGAGCCUGAUCUGUUGUACCAUGGCUGUUCGGAGGGGAGUUGUUACCCAGCCACAGGAAAUCUGCUCAUUGGAAGGGCCCAGAACUUGACAGCUACAUCAACUUGUGGCUUGGAAGGGCCUCAGGAGUACUGCAUUGUCAGCCAUCUGCAGGACUCUGAGAAAUGCUUCCUUUGCGACUCCCGUUCACCAUCCCUGCGUGAGAACCAUCUUCUUGAGAAUGUCAUCUACCUGAGUGGCCAGGAUGGUGAUCAAACAUGGUGGCAGUCUGAGAAUGGUGUAGAACAAGUCAGUAUUCGCUUGGACCUGGAAGCUGAGUUCCACUUUACUCAUCUCAUAAUGAAGUUUAAGACAUUCCGCCCAGCUGCCAUGCUGAUUGAACGUUCAUCAGAUUUUGGGCAUAGUUGGAAGGUUUAUCGCUACUUUGCUUUCAACUGCUCCAAGCUCUUUCCUGACAUUCCUGUCCAGAUCCCAACACAUGUCAACCAGGCAGUGUGUGACCAGCGAUAUUCUGAGAUUGAGCCUUCUAGCCAUGGCGAGGUGAUUUUCAAAGUGCUGGACCCAGCUGUGAAAGUAGAGGAUCCCUACAGCCAGGAAAUCCAAGAUCUGCUACGUGUCACCAAUUUGCGGGUGAACUUCACAAAGCUGCACACUUUGGGUGACAACCUGUUAGACUCACGGCAUCAGGUGCUGCAGAAAUACUACUAUGCCGUGUAUGAGAUGGUGCUGCGUGGGAGCUGUUUCUGCUAUGGACAUGCCUCUGAGUGUGCUCCUCUGGCUGAAGUGUCAAGCAGAGUUGAGGGCAUGAUCCAUGGACGAUGCAUCUGCAAGCACCAUACCAAGGGCCUCAACUGUGAGCAAUGCAAGGACUUCUACCAGGAGUUGCCAUGGAGACCAGCUGAGGCCCACCAUCCACAUGCCUGCAAAGAGUGCAACUGCAACGAGCACUCUCACCGGUGUCACUUCGACAUGGCAGUGUUCCUGGCCACGGGCAAUGUCAGUGGCGGGGUCUGUGACGAGUGCCAGCACAACACCAUGGGCCACCACUGCCAACUCUGCAAGCCCUUCUACUACCGCAACCCACUGGCGGACAUCCGUGCCAGCACUGCAUGCAUCCCCUGCGACUGUGACCCAGUGGGCUCUUUGGAUGGUGGCGUAUGUGACAGUCAUACGGAUGUGAUGCUGGGCAUGAUUGCCGGUCAAUGCCGCUGCAAAGAUAAUGUCAAAGGCAUGCGUUGUGACAGCUGUAAAGAGGCCUUUUAUGGACUGAGCCAAAAUGACCCUCUGGGAUGCCAGCCAUGCAGGUGUGACCCCCGUGGGAUCAUUGCAGGUGGCAGCCCCUGUGACCACAUCAGUGGUGACUGCUACUGCAAGCGUUUUGUUACAGGAAGAUAUUGCAACCAGUGUUUGCCUGAAUACUGGGGAUUGAGCUAUGACAUGACUGGUUGCCGAAGCUGUGCUUGUGAUUUUGGAGGUGCCUAUAGUAACAGGUGCUCUAUGGAUGAUGGACAGUGCCCCUGUCGGCCUCACCUCAUGGGGCGUCAGUGUGAUGAUGUGCAGCCUGGGUUUUUCUGCAUGCCUUUGGACUACUAUAUGUAUGAAGCAGAACAUGCCACAGGUCUUGCGCCAACCCAUCAGGGCCUACCGGGUGCCUUGCGGCCUGAAGCCCCAGUGGACUGUGUGGAAUAUUACAACGGGGUCCAGAAUGGGCGCAAUAUGAGGCUGCGCCGCCAGCAUAGCACAAUAAGACUCCUACAACAGCGAGGAGCACUCCGGAAAGCCCGGCAGCUUCAGCAGAAGCCUGAUGUAGAAGUUACACCACGGGAGCACACAGGUCACAUGAUUACAUGGACUGGUCCAGGCUUUGCCCGUGUACGGGAUGGAGCUGGCUUAUCCUUUCACAUUGACAACAUUCCCUACCCAAUGGAGUAUGACAUCUUGUUGCGCUAUGAACCUGAGUCUACAGAAGAUUGGGAGGCUGUUGUUAGCGUCAGCUCACAGGCUUUACCAAUGAGCCCACGCUGUGGCAAUGUGCUACCCUCUGAGCAGAUGUACCGGGAGAGUUUGCCGCAUAGUUCCAGGUAUGUACUUCUGCCACGGCCUUUCUGCUUUGAGCCCAGAAACCAUUAUGAGAUCAUUGUACGGUUCCAGCGGGCUGGUGUGACACAACGUCAUCCUGCAGCCUUCAUCCUUGUCGACUCGCUGGUUCUUUUGCCACAUGUGAAGGAGCUGCCUGGUCUCCAUGGUAAUGAUCCAUCAGCAGUGGAGCGCCGAGAAGCGCUAGAGCGCUACACAUGCCUGGAGGCAUUCCGCAUGGCCACCAUGCCUGACCUGGCGGAGACCUGUGCCCACCUGCUAUGCAGCAUCUCUGCACUGAUGCAUGAUGGGGCUCUGCCCUGUCAGUGUGAUCCCCAGGGGUCUACCAGCAGCGUCUGCCACAAACUGGGAGGCCAGUGUCAGUGUAAACCCAAUGUGACGGGUCGGCGCUGUGACCAGUGUGUCCCUGGCACUUACGGAUUUGGACCAUAUGGCUGCAGUUCCUGUGCCUGUUCCCCUGAGGGUUCUGUCUCCAAAAUAUGUGAACCAGUAACUGGACAGUGCCGGUGCCAGCAUGGUGCUGUGGGACGCCAGUGUGAUCAGUGCCCACCAGGCCACUGGGGCUUCCCAAGCUGCAGGCCUUGUCACUGCAAUGGACACUCGGAGGAAUGUGACUUGCACACUGGAGCCUGCCACCAGUGCCGUGAUUACACAGCUGGACGCCACUGUGAGAGGUGCUUGGAUGGUUACUAUGGAGACCCAGUCUUGGGCUCAGGGCAACAGUGCCGGCCAUGCCCUUGUCCUGGGUAUCCAGGAUCUCGGCACUAUCAUGGUAUCUCCUGUCAUGCUGACAGGGAGACCAGCCAGAUUGUUUGCUUGUGUGCUCCAGGCUAUACAGGGCCACGCUGUGACCGCUGCUCACCUGGCUACUUUGGAGCGCCCGAGCAGGAGGGCGGAGCAUGCCGCCCUUGCCAGUGCAACAACAACAUUGACACCAGCGACCCCGAGGCCUGCGAUCCACACAGUGGUCGAUGUCUGCGCUGCCUUUACCACACUGGCGGACCCCACUGCGAUGAAUGCCAGCCUGGUUACUAUGGCAAUGCCUUCCAGCGGAGCUGCCGACGCUGCACCUGCAAUGAGCAAGGCACUCUCCCUUCACAUUGCUCUGAAGACAUCUGCCACUGUGAUCGAACUACAGGAAAUUGCCCUUGCCGUGCAAACGUGGUAGACAAGAACUGUGACAGAUGUGCCCACAACUUCUGGGGCUUUGGCAAUGACUUGGGAUGUCAGCCCUGCAGCUGUGAUCCUGCCCAUUCAUUACGGUCAGACUGCAACAUGUUCACAGGGCAAUGCCACUGCCAGCCAGGUUUUGGGGGGCGUGUUUGCUCCCACUGCCAAGAAGAUCACUGGGGUGAUCCAGAACAGGAGUGUUUAUCUUGUGAAUGUGACCCAGUAGGGUCUGAGAGUUUGCAGUGUGACCGUCUCACUGGAUACUGUCCAUGCCGAGGAGGCUUUAUGGGACAACGCUGCGACCAGUGUCAGCGUGGUUUCAAGAAGAACUUUCCUCACUGUUCUCCCUGCCAUCCUUGCUUCAGUCAGUGGGAUGCUGUGCUGGAGCAGCUCUGGAAACACCUGCGACAGUUGCAGGAUGCAGUCCAAGCCCUGAAGGAAGGUGGCCCCAUACCUGAAGCCAGCAGCAGCCGUAUGCGCAAGCUGGAGAAUAGCCUGGGUCGUGUGGAGCAGCUUCUUGGCGAUGGAAGUAGACCAAGCAGCACACUAUUGCAUGAGCUCAGCACCUUUCUGGCAAAUAUCAGGGCAGACAUGGAUGAACUAUGGCAACAGAUGCAAACCACAGAUUCACAUCUGGGCAGAACUGAGCAGAAAGCUGCAGGACAAAGGGACCAUUUGAGCACACUGAGGCGAGAGCUAGGGGAGCUUAACCGCACAGUCAGCUACCUCAGCAGUGAACUGGGAAAGAUGACAAAUGCAAGCUUCAAUGAGUCUUUCCGUAGCAUCCUGGCAUCCUUCCAGCAGUCAGAACAGGCCCAGCAGCGAGCAAACACUUCAGUUCAAGGGCCACAAAGUCCAGUAGGCCAAGCCAAAUACACACGCCAGGCCACUGUUGAGCUGCUGAGACGCAAGGGAGAGGCCUUUCGCAGGAAUGCAGCUGCUCACCAGAAAUCACUACGUGAUAUCCAGAAAAGGGUUAACAACCUCAACCUGAGCAAGAUCAAUGAGAAAAUCUGUGGUGCUUCUGGAGAAGACAGCUGUGAACAAGCCCCCUGUGGAGGAGCUUCCUGUAGAGACAGCUCAGGCCAACGGCACUGUGGAGGCCCUGGCUGCACCGGAGCACUGCCUGUGUCCAUGAAUGCCGUCUAUACAGCCCAGAACAUCUCUCAGCAGCUGGAGACCAUGGCCAGUCAGUUGGGCACCAUUGCUAAUAAGGUACAAGAUAUCCAGAACUUGGCGCAAGAUGCCAGAAGCCAUGCUCACAACAUUUUGGGCCAUGCUCAAGGAGCCUGGAGCCGUGUGGAGAAGUCAACAGCCAAGCUGAGGGAGUUCAUCCAGAAGAUAAAGGACUUUCUAGCAGAGGAAGGUGCUGAUCCAGAAAGCAUUGAACUUGUGGCACAGCAGGUCCUGAACAUCUCUCUGCCCAGCAGCCAUGAUCAGAUCAACAAUCUGAUUAAGGAGAUCAGGGAUGGAAUCAGCCAGUUGAAGGGAGUGGACAUGAUCCUGAACAGCACCGUGCGUGAUCUGACCCAUGCCAGGGAACUACUGGUGAAAGCAGAGCAGGCUAAGGAGAGAGCAGAAGGGGUGGAGGGAACAAUCACUGAAAUACAUGCAGCACUAGAAGAUGCUAAGGACAAAAUGAGGGCAGCAAAGCAAGCAAUGAAGAGUGCAAAGGAAGUCAUCCGGAAUGUGGAAGGCACAGUCACACAGGCGCAGCAACAGCUCCAGACACUGGUCAACAAGGAGUCCAGUCUGGAAAGCCGUCUUGAGAAGCUGGCACGAGAUGUGACUACCUUACAGAAGAAGUCCCAGGCCAAUCAGCUGCAGGCCCAAGAGGCCAAGGCAAAAGCGGAGCGUGCUACAACUGCUGCAGGCCAGCUAGAAAAUGAGGUGGAGAAAGUAAUGCAGAGAUACCAGAAGCUGCAGGAUGAAUUGGGGAACCAGCCACAGGAUGCACUGCUCAAGCUGAAAAAGUUGAGGGAUGAAGCCCAGAUUCUCUUAGACAAAGCCAACGGCAGCAAGAGAAAGCUGGAAGAGCUGGAGGAGCGCUUUGAGUCCAAUGAGAAAGAAAUGAAAGAAAAAGCAACCCUUCUGCAAGAACUGGAGAGAAAUGUGACAAGCCUUCUGCAGUAUAUCCAGGAAAGAGCCACUGCCUACGCUACCUGCUAGGGCCAAAGCUUCUGUUGCCAGCCCCUUGGGCCUGCUUCCUGCCAACUCUGGACCCUCCCAUGGUAGGCCCUUCCAUACAUAUCAUUGAUGGGUUCCUGUCUGAGGUUCUGACUGUAGAUCCAGGGCCUUAACGUAAUGCAGUUCCUUUCAUCCUCAGCUGAUUGUACCACUUCGGCCUACCUGGGAUCAGGCAUAUCAGAGUGACUCUAAUGUCAACAUCUCAUAGAUACACAAUUAUGUUGUAACUAGUCCAUGUUUUAUCCCAAGACUUGGGAAAAAUUAGGAAGGCCUAUGCCUGAGAGUAUCCACUAUGGGGAUGGAAUAUUUCUAUCCCAGGUCUAUUCAUGGAAUAGUUUCCUUCUUUAGCCAGCCUCUUCCUGCCUUCCAUCAGCUUUUUUGCUGUUGUCAUGAUCACAGAGCACUUCCUGAACCACCCAGGCUGCAAAAGGAGUGGAAAAGAAUUCCACUUGUUCUUGCUCCAGUCUGAUGACAAGUUGCCUGUGAUUUUCAGUUGCCACCUAUCCAAUUAUUUCUUUAACCCCAGGAAACAAAAAUGUUUAGUCCCAGGCCCGAGAUCCCACAACUGUCCUUAUUGUUCAAAAAUUAAUAGAGAUGCAAUACUUCCCCUCCACCAUCACCACCUCCUUAAAAAAAGAGUCAAUGAGAUUCCAAUCUAGGCAAAAAUCAUAAGACUCAGACCCUCCACUGAGAAGAGGUCUUUCUGAUUCCAUUCAUAACUUGGAGCUCCUCCUACCCCACUUCCUUCAUUACCUGAAAAUCCUGAUAACUACCAUCAGCACAAAUAGCAUUUUUGAAAGGAUGACACAAAUUCAUAGAUGAGAUUUUCAUUAAUGGCUGCUCAUUUAUGUUCAGAAGCCUUAUUCCUCUCUUUUUACCUGUUCCUAGGAUCAAAGUAGCAGAGUGUUGUGAGCUAGGUUUCCC